AUGAAAGUAUUCACAACCCACACCGAGCCAGCUGGCAAAAGUACUGCCGUUCCUCGUCUUGUCAGCUGGACUAGCUGCAUCGAUCUCGUCCAGACGCGUCGCGUUUGCCGACUGGAUCCGCCAUUUCGGUUCAAGACCGUCCGUCAUGUUUACCACAAAAGCCAAGGCACUGCGUCGAGAUUCGAGCUGGACUGGGAUUCGGCGCAGCCGUGGGUGGAGGUUCCUCGCUCUUUGACCUUUGUCCAUGAAUCGGCGGAGGAAUCAACAGAUGGAGCAAGCGAUGCUCCUGAAUCUCAGGAUGACGAGCAUCCUCCCAUUGAGAAUGCUCCGGAACCUCCGUCUGAUAUAUUCUCGGCACCACCGGCUUUUCCACCUCCGGCGACGAUGAGUUCCCCUGUCGAAAAUGGAGCGGUCGAUCAUCCAGUGGCCUCGACGGCCUCCCUACCGGAGGAGCAUCGUGCGACCCCGUCCGCCAUUUCGCCCCACGGAAUCGCCAGCAUGAUCUCGCCUCUACCGUCAACGAGUGCAUGGACCAGUGCAACGUCGCCGACGAGCCCAUCCACUCCUCGUUCAACCAGCUCAGUAUCCAUGAACUCUCGCGAAGCUUUUCUGCUUCGUUUGUUCAUACACAAGAUCGCUCCGUGGGCCGAUAUAUGCGACCUCCGAUCGCAUUUCACCACCGAAGUGCCGCGUCGGGCGCUCCAGUUUCCCAUGGUCCUUAAAGCUGUUUUGGCACUCUCGGCGCGUCUCGAUGCGAUCAUGUCCGACACUAGUGACUGGGAAGCGUCCGAGUACCAUGGCCAAUGUCUGGAGCUUCUUAUCGAUGCCCUGGCCCAGCCCGAAGAAACCUACGAUGACAAUCUGCUCAUCACAGUCGUUAUCCUGCGCAUAUAUGAGGAGCUCGAACGAGAAAACGACGAGAACUGCCACUUCCUUGGAUCUAAUCGACUGCUCAACACGAUGACGAAGUCCGCGUCUUCCGGGGGCCUUGCUGAGGCCGUUAGUUGGCAAUUUCUGCGCCAGGCGAUAUAUGCGUCGAUUGUUCAGUAUCAGCCCAUUCAGUUGGACCUGGGCAAUUACGAACGCUCUGCCGUAUUUCGGCGACGCGACGAUGCCGCUUAUGCUAACGUGAUUAUCUUCCUUUGUGCGCGCAUCAUCCAAUUGUAUUCGCGUGGACCAGGAAGUCUCGUCGAUGAGGGUGAAUGGAAUCGUUUGUCUGAGAGUGUUGAAGAUUGGUAUCGUACAAGACCCAUUAGCUGGCAACCGUUGCACCAUAAGGAUGCGAAUACAGCGGAGAACCGACCGUUCCCUGAGCUAUGGAUGAUGUCACCUUCGGCCGUGGUCGGACUGCAGUACUAUCAUACGUGUUGCAUCCUCCUCGCCUCUGCCGAUCGUCACUGGGGAACUGUGAGCAAUUUUGGCAUCGCGCGACAACGACGGAUUGGAGAAAGCACGAUCGCCUCUCACAUCGUUCAAGUCAUCGGACUAUCUAUGUCCAACGAGACGGUCGAGAACGCAUACUUCAUGGCGUGCCAUCUACUUGUUCGAUAUGGACAUUGCCUUCGUAAUCCCGUCGAGCAGCGGGGAUCGGUUGGUUUCCUAACCCGAGCAGAGAAGGUGGUCGGAUGGCGGACAGCAUGGGUCGUUCGCGACUUGGAGAAACAAUGGGGCGAGCUACGAAAUCUAGACACUUGGGAUCUCGCAUAG